AACAAACAGUAAAUAUGGUACUGCGACAACAGAAUUUAUUGGUGUAAUCGGCUUCGUACCUUUUUCCUAUUGGCUAUUGCCGCGGUUUUUGAGACUUGUUGUUGGUGUUUUAUUGUUUUGUUUAUUUCAAUUUUCAGUCAUACAUUCACGUGCUUCGUCAUACUUAAAUUUGGCCUCUCUUAGUUCUCUGCGGUUUCAUGUGGUCCGCCCAACACUGUUGACUACCGAUCUAUAAUAGUGAGUAAUUAAUUUUUGCCAAAGUCGACCUCGCGACCAUGAAGUUGUUUACGCACAAUAUGCUGUCGUCCAAGAGUCUGGAAGGAGUCAAAGUAGGAUAUCCGCUUCGCAUUGUCGCGCAAGACAUCAGGAUAUCCCGAUCUGAGUUCAACAAGGAGUUUGUGAAGAAUAUGAUAUCCAAACUCAAUUGGAAAGUUUUUGUUAACGCAGCUGCUCAAAUUGGCCUAGGCAAAGACCUGUCUGAUAAGUUAAUUGAUGACUUUGAAAACAAUGAAGAGUAUCUCAAAAAAGUUCACCAUCUACUCUUGGAAGUAGAUAUUAUAAACGGUGAACUUAUAUGUCCAGAAACAGACAGAGUGUUUCCAAUAUCAGGUGGUGUACCUAACUUAUUGUAAAGUUAGAAUUAAAUAUUUAUAUGCACUACAUUUAAUGUCUCCCUGUAUGUUAAAAUCUUACAUUCAAGUUUUUUUUCAUGAUUAAAUAAAAAAAUGUAAUUAACCUGAUCUGCAAUUGUGUAUUGUUGAUUAAAAUAAAAUUAUUUUGUAG